CCAAACUUGUUUCCUCGUAACCUCAGCAAGUCCUCUCACCUUGUCUUGUCGCCUGCAGUCUAUUGCCGCUCGUGAAUCACCUCCAUCGCUAUUACUCGAACUCCACUCAAGUUCGAGAAGUGACAGCGCAUACUACCGACGCUCUGCCCCACGGACGGCAUUCUCAUAAUACAUGGUUAAAUAAAAAUCUCCGCAUUCAACAGAGCAGCUCUAGGUACUCCCGUAUACUCACUCGCCCAGUGGCUGAAGCUCUGAAAACACCAACCCGGACUCCCCGUCUCAGUUGUCGCUGAAACCAGCAGCACCAAUACUCUUCGAAAGCAAGCCCUGUGGACGCAGGCAGCAACCCUAAGCAACAAUGGUCAUGGGUCUUGUCUCUCAUGGACGCCGAAGGACAGGCAGCACAGCCAGUGUCCGGUCCUCAACCGACGAUCCUCGUGGCCCCGAUGCUGAGGAUGACACUCUUGUGAUGGAGCCCGAUCAGGGCAAUGUCCUCUCGCACAUCAUCUCCCAGUUGCGACCAGGAGCCGACCUCAGCCGUGUCGUCCUUCCUACCUUUAUCCUCGAACCCCGCAGCAUGCUUGAACGCAUCACAAACUUUAUGUGCCACCCUGAGAUGCUACUUCCGAUUCCAACCAUAGAUGAUCCUGUCGAGCGUUUUGUAUCCGUAGUCAAGUUCUACCUCAGUGGAUGGCAUAUUCGUCCCCCAGGCGUCAAAAAACCCCUGAACCCCAUCCUUGGUGAAAUAUUUACUUGCUACUGGGAUUUCGAAGACGGAAAGCGAGCAUACUACAUCUCUGAGCAGACAUCUCACCACCCGCCCAAGUCCAGCUACUUCUACAUGGCCCCCGACCACCAUAUCCGCAUCGAUGGAACUCUUAAGCCCCGAAGUCGUUUUCUUGGAAACUCUGCUGCCAGUCUCAUGGAAGGUAUUGCCUUCUUGAAUCUGCUUAACCGAGGCCAGGACCCUGCGAAAGGAGAGCAAUACAUCCUGACACAACCGAAUAUGUACGCCAGAGGUAUUCUGUUUGGCAAGAUGAAAUACGAGCUCGGAGACCACAGUUUUGUCCGAUGCCCUGAGCUCGAUCUGGUUGCCGACGUCGAUUUUAAAACAAAGGGCUGGGUUGGUGGCACUUACAACGCCAUUGGAGGAGUGAUCAAGAGAGAGAGCACUGGAGAAGUCUUGUUCGAGCUUUCUGGUCUCUGGAGUGAGGAGAUGUACAUCAAGGAUAUGACGACUGGCCACCGUGAGAUGUUCUUCAAUGCUCAACGAUCAAAGCCUUCAUCACCUUCUGUGCGACCAAUUGAGGAACAGGAGGAGCGAGAAUCCCAACGUCUGUGGGACAAGACUGCCAGAGCUGUCAAGGAGCGAAACCACGAGCUUGCGACAGACGAGAAGACCAAGAUUGAAGACCGACAGCGUGAGGAGGCUGCUCAUCGAGCCCAGGAAAACAUCGAGUGGCACCCACGUUUGUUCAGGAGAGCUCAGGGUGGCCCUGGUGGCCUGGAAGAAGGCGAAGAGGAUCUCGAAUGGAUCAUUAACGCGAACAUCGAUCACUCUGCCUCCCCUGAGAAGCAAGCCGAGCAAAUCAUGGCAAUUUACCCCAUCAUCAACGGACAGAAGCACAGCCAGAAAAAUGUCAUUCCUCCUCACAGCCCAUCCGCCAAACCUGCUCAAGCGGUAGUAGCACCGCCUGUUCAGAACAACAUCGACGACAACCUGAUCAAUUUUGAUGACACACCUGCGCCAGUCAAGACUGAGCAGCCCCAGCCUACUGAACAAACGCCAAAGGAGUCCGAGAUUCAAGGCAUGCUGAACUCUACAGGAAAGCCGGCUAACGGACCCCUCCUUGACUUUACAAGCGACAUGAAGAAGGACCUACCACCCACCACACAACAAUAAAACGAUGAGAUGAGUUUCAGUUAUUUCUUAGAUACAGGGAGUGCACAGCGAGGACUAGGUUUGCUUUGGAACAGUUGGAAUACGGUGAAGACAAGGGUAGGGGCAGGCUACAGGCUGCAGGCUAUAUCAACAUCGGCGCGCAUCAGGAUUAGUUACAUAUGGGUACUCGCAUCAUCCGUCGGGUUACAACGAGUCAGAAGGAUUUCAACACCGGCCCUCGCCAGAUGACUUCUGCAAUAUUCAUUUUUGAGACAUAUUUGAUGAAGGAAAGGGUAUCCGUAAUGGUUGAAUCGCCCAUGAAUCCUUACAUAUAACUAUUAGAACAAAAAAUCCA